AUGGGUAACUGCAACGCCUGCGUGAGACCCAAAACCACAAACAACCACCACCACCACCACAAAAACAAGAAGACCGGAGAAUCCAAACCCAACCCCUACUCCGCUUCACCGGUUCCGAUUCGAGUCCUGAAAGACUUCAUCCUCUCAACCCACCGCACCCGAAUCUGGGACAAAUACAUACUGGGACGCGAACUGGGUCGUGGCGAGUUCGGGGUCACCUACCUCUGUACCGAUCGCGAGACCCGAGAGGCCUUGGCUUGCAAAUCCAUAUCGAAGAAGAAGCUGAGAACCGCCGUGGAUGUUGAGGACGUUCGACGAGAGGUUCAGAUAAUGUCGAGCUUGCCUGAUCACCCAAACAUCGUGAAGCUCAAAGCAACUUAUGAGGACAAUGAAGCUGUGCAUUUGGUGAUGGAGCUUUGUGAAGGUGGAGAGCUUUUCGAUCGGAUUGUUGCGAGAGGGCAUUACAGUGAGAGAGCUGCGGCUGGGAUUGUGAGGACGAUUGCGGAGGUUGUGAAGAUGUGUCAUGUGAAUGGGGUUAUGCAUAGGGAUUUGAAGCCUGAGAAUUUCUUGUUUGAGAACAAGAAGGAGAGUUCGAUGCUUAAGGCGAUUGAUUUUGGGCUCUCCGUGUGCUUUAAGCCUGGGGAGAAGUUUUCAGAGAUAGUGGGGAGUCCAUACUAUAUGGCCCCGGAGGUUUUGAAGCGGAAUUAUGGGCCAGAGGUUGAUAUAUGGAGUUCCGGUGUGAUUCUUUACAUUUUGUUAUGUGGGGUUCCUCCAUUUUGGGCAGAAACCGAACAGGGUGUUGCCCUGGCAAUUCUGCGGGGGGUGCUUGAUUUCAAGAGGGAACCAUGGCCUCAGAUUUCUGAUAGUGCCAAGAGCCUUGUUCGGCAGAUGUUAGAGCCAGAUCCCAGAAAGCGUUUGACCGCCCAACAGGUGCUUGAACACCCCUGGAUUCAAAAUGCGAAGAAAGCUCCAAAUGUUCCUUUAGGAGAUAUAGUGAGGACAAGGCUCAAGCAGUUCUCUGUAAUGAACAGAUUCAAAAAGAAAGCUCUGAGAGUAAUUGCACAACACUUAUCUGUUGAAGAGAUAGAAGUAAUCAGAGAUAUGUUUACAUUGAUGGACACUGACAAUGAUGGGAAAGUAACGUAUGAGGAACUGAGGGAUGGGCUUAGGAAAGUUGGUUCAAAAUUGGCCGAACCUGAGACAAAGUUGCUGAUGGACGUGGCUGAUGUUGAUGGGAAUGGAAUCCUGGAUUACGGAGAGUUUGUAGCAGUAACGAUCCACCUACAGAAGAUGGAGAAUGAUGCGCAUUUCCGCGAAGCAUUUAUGUUUUUCGAUAAAGAUGGAAGUGGGUAUAUUGAGCUUGACGAACUACGAGAAGCUUUAGCAGAUGAAUCCGGGGAAACUGAUGCUGAUGUACUAAAUGAAAUCAUGCGAGAGGUCGACACUGACAAGGAUGGGCAAAUCAGUUAUGAUGAGUUUGUUGCAAUGAUGAAAGCCGGAACUGAUUGGAGAAAGGCAUCCCGGCAGUAUUCAAGGGAGAGAUUCAAGAGCUUGAGCCUUAAUUUGAUGAGGGAUGGCUCAUUGCAGCUUGAAGAUACGAUUACUGGUCAAACUGUUGUGGUUUAAGCUUGAUUGUUUCAUUCAUCAUCAACACAUCCUAUACAUGAAAAGUUUAGAUUUGGAUUUUACUAAACAGGAAUUCAAAGGAGGUUGGAGUCGACAAUGUUCUUGAGCUUCAUCCGAUGGGAUUCUUUUUAUUCUUUUUUUGGGCGGGUUGAGGGAAUGAAUUGGAGAACCACGUUCUGUUGCAAGGAAUUGUAUAUGUUACAGUUUUCAAAUUUGUGUCAACUUGUAUAUUGGUCAUGUUAUUUGUGCUUGAUGAUUUGCCAGUAUUUGUUCUUUCCUAACAUUGUUUAGAUACUAGUUAAGAAUUUAGUGGGAAUGUGCAUAAA